UCCGGGUUGGAAGUGAGCCAGGAGCAGCUGGAUGGCUGGGGACUGGUGGCCUUGCAAGGACCCGAGGCUGAGGCGGUGCUGGCUGAUGCCCUCGACGGCAACACCGAUCUGAAGCAGCUCUACUUUGGCCAGUCGGUGUACGGCAAGGUGAAGCUUGAUGGUGGUAAAACCAGCGCGCCCUUGCUGAUCAGCCGUGGCGGCUACACGGGCGAGGACGGGUUCGAGAUUUCCAUCCCGCCAUCCGAGACCGUCGAGGUCACAGAGAAGCUACUCCACGUGGGCGGUGCCGAGAAGGUCCAGCUCGCCGGUCUCGGCGCGCGCGACUCCCUCCGCCUGGAAGCGGGCAUGUGCCUGUACGGGCACGACCUGGACGAGACGGUGUCUCCCGUCGAGGCCGCUUUGAGCUGGAUCAUUCCCCCGAACCGCCGCAAGGCGGAUGCCGGGUACUACGGCGCCGAGACCAUCCACUCGCAGCUGACUCCCAAGAGCAAAGGAGGAAACGGCGUUGCCCGCCGUCGCGUCGGCUUUAUUGUGACUGGUGCCCCCGCCAGAGAAGGCGCGGAGAUCGUGGCCAAGGGGGACCCGACUACGAAGCUUGGUAGGAUCACGAGCGGGUGUCCGAGCCCCAGUCUAGGGAAGAACAUUGCGAUGGGGUAUAUCAAGGAUGGCCAGCACAAGAGCGGGACGGAGGUGGAAGUGCUGGUGAGAGGAAAGCCCAGGCCGGCGGUGGUAACCAAGAUGCCGUUUGUGCCUAGCAAGUACUACAAGUCUGCUUAG